AUCGACACACCUCUUGCUGUCAUGAAUACAUAUAUUUGAGAAAUGAUUUGCCCAUUGUAUGGACCGAAACGGUUUUAAUAGGAGCUUUAUUGAGAAAGUUUGACCGGAAUCGAUCCGUGUUGUGAAAUGUGACAGAGAUGGAGCCGGCGACAAAAAGCACCUGAGCGCUGCGCCGCAGCCGCACAUCGGUGCGCACUGAGCCGGGAGUGGAUCUACACCCGGGUUUAAACUGAUAAUAUUAGUUUAAGUAGGGGAAACAGACACUAACUUAAACUAGAUGUAUUUUAAGUAAGGGUUGGGCUUCGGGGUUGGGGGUACAAAAUGGGAGAUUUGUGGAAAGUGGCUCCAAUCAGCCACAGGUCUUCGGCCAGUCUCGCGCUGCAGCGGAGUGGACAGCCUGGACGCGUCCCUCGACUCGUGCGCUCUUUUCUGUGGGAACCCUGAAAGAAGCCCUACGAUGAUUUUGCCCGUGAAUUAAUUAUGGUCGCGCACGUCCUGGAGUCCAACUUCAGCGGCAACUUGACGCCAGCGGUGUCCGAGGCUGGGACUGUCCUCCCGGGCUACCUGGUGGUGAUCCUGUCGGUCCUCAUGGUGACUCUGGUUAUUGUCGUGGUGGCCGGGAACGCGCUCGUCAUAAUGGCUUUCAUUGUGGAUAAAACACUGAGAAAUCAAAGCAACUACUUCUUCCUGAACCUUGCCAUAUCUGAUUUUCUAGUGGUGUGGCUGGUCAUGGACUACCUGCUCUGCACGGCGUCCGUCUUCAACAUAGUCCUCAUUAGUUAUGACCGCUUCCUGUCAGUCACGAGGGCAGAGGUGAGGCUGAGUCGCAGCGAGCUCAGACGGGGUGAGCGACGGGAAACCAGAUGUCUCUUUUAUGCGCGCGGUGCGCCAGUGAAUGUGGCUCAGAGCCCAACAUUCCCCCCCGUUUACCGCGAGCUCCGUUUGAAGGAGAGACUCUUAGCCCGGGCCGCGGCCUGCUUCCAAAUGUCCCAAACACCGACGCGAGCGGGCAGGGUCACGUACCGGGCGCAGAGGAACAUGACCCGCCAGGCCGUGCUGAAGAUGGUGGCGGUGUGGGUGCUGGCCUUCCUCCUUUACGGCCCCGCCAUCAUUUUCUGGGAGGCCAUCGUGGGCCACAGCAUCGUCCCGGCCCACGAGUGCUACGCAGAGUUCUACUUCACCUGGUACUUCCUGCUCAGCGCCUCCACCUUCGAGUUCUUCACGCCGUUUGUGUCGGUGGCGUUCUUCAACCUCAGCAUCUACCUGAACAUCCACCAGAGGAAUAAGGAUGGGAACGCCGGCGCCGACGAGGACGCCCGGCCCCCGAGGAAAACCCGGAGGCGCAAAGAGGGGGGGGGCUGGUCGGUGUUUUUUGUCAAGACCCGGAAGGUGACGUGCAGCGAGCCCGCGGCUGUGACCGCCGUCAUCGAGGACGACGACAUCCUGUCCCCCUCCUCCAGCGGGUACCCUGACACCAGCCAGAUCUUCGUGCAAAGGGAGAAGUUCUCUCCCCAGAGAAAGAACUCCAGGCUGUUUCAACACACAGCCUCGUGCAUGGCACCCGGGCGGAGGACUCAGGGCUCUCGUCUCUCCCGGGACAAAAAGAUCGCCAAAUCCUUGGCCAUCAUAGUGUGCAUCUUUGGGAUUUGCUGGGCUCCGUACACCCUGCUGAUGAUAAUCCGAGCUGCCUGCAGCGGCGAAUGCGUGGCAAACUACUGGUACGAGAUAACAUUUUGGCUUCUGUGGCUGAACUCGGCCAUCAACCCGUUCUUGUACCCCCUGUGCCACAACAGUUUCAGAAGGGCUUUCUCGAAAAUAUUGUGUCCUAAGAGACAGUCGGUGCAGCCUCAAAUUGAAGCUCAGUCCUGUUAGGUGCUCUCAGGUGUUGACGCUCAUACAAUGUAAAAAAUAUAUAAAAAAUCUGUGUGAUGUUCUUCCAUGUAAAGAAAAAAAAGUGUUUGAAAAAAAGAGAAGAGAUGUUUUCAAUGAGAGUUGUCACAACACGUUUGAUAGCAAUACAACAAUGCAACCUGUUGUUGAUGUUUUCAUUGAUAGAGCAGAACACACACAGACACACACACACACACGCACACAGUCAUGUCAGAUUUUUCAUAUUGUGUGAGUAAUGAUUUAUUAGUGUUUAUUAACGUUCCCUUGCCAGAUAGGGCAUGAUUAUCGAUUAUUAUUUCAUCAGAGUUAUUGUAUCAGACCUUCUGUGCUGUACACAAAGUUGCUGAAUCGUCUCCCUUCUGAACAAAAGCACAGAGCAAGAGACAGACAUGGCAGCUUCAUUCAGCCUCCAGUUUCCCAAGAGCCACCUCUCAACCCUUACAGAGUGAGGAUGGACUGGUCUUUAGAUAUUCUCAAUAUUUCUCUGUACAUGGAACCAUUUCAUGGUCCCUAUUCAAACACAGAGCCGUUAAUCCAAACAAGAUGGCCUUUAGCGUUUAGCUUUAGAAAAAGCCCAUUCAAACGUUCCAUCAUGCAGCAAUAGACUUACUAACAUCAGGUGUUCAUGUUCUAAAGAAGAGAAAAUGAGAGCAGGAUGAGGUGUUACAUACUUUUUACAGUGAUAUUUAAUGUGGUUUCAAACAGCUAAACCUGAAUUUUGUUUGAGGAUAUGCUGUUGUUGAUUGUUUAGAAUGUCUAUGAAAUAAUACAGUAUAUAUAUAUGGAUUGAAACUUUUGUACAUUAAGAUUAAUUCGAGGCUGGAUGACUAUGGUUGGAAUCAGAUUUUUUUAUUGUCUUUCUAUUACAUGUAUGUUACACAGUGGGAAUCUCUGGCUGCUUUUCAUUCAUAACGACUAUCGACAUCUUUCUUACAUAUUGAGAGGAUGUACAAAGGUGACUGCAACUCAGCAAACUGGCAACCAGUAUUCAGUUCUACCCAUAACACAGUAAAUAACUCUCUGGUAAAAGGUUAACCUUCAAAACAACUCCCUCUGUCAUAUAGAGGUUCAAAUCCAGUUGUCUCCCACAGAAUGGUUAAUUUUUUACAGAUUUUGGGCUCUGUGAGUUGGCUCAGAUUUGUUUAUGCAUUUAGGUUUUCAUAUUCUUUUUUUUACAUAUUAUUUAUCUAAAGGAUAUCAAAUGAAUAGAUCGAACAAAGAUACAUCAGACUAUCAACCUUUGUUGUUUCUCUUGUGGCAUGCAAAAGUGUAGUUAAGGUUAGUUGUACAGACGUCAGAUUGUUUUGGAGAAAUGCACAGAAACUCAUUCUCAGCGGUUUCUGGAUUUAAUUCAACACUAAACAACAUUGUCUUAUUAAAAAAUGUUAAAACCAAUUGUAUAUCAUGAAAAUGAUCUUAAUGUCAUGUUUAUAAUACGUUUGAGUGAUUUGGUUUGUCAAACUUGCCCUUUCUAAAAUGACAGAGCACACAAACAUGGUGGGAUCACUAAUGAGUGGGCAAAUGGGUCUUGUAUGUUUUCUAUAUUGAUAGAAUAUACCAGCAAAACUUUCCUUUAAAUUCCCUGUAUACGUUGAUGAUGUGUGUCUGUGCAAGUAAAUCAGGAAAGAAUAAACAACAGACUGUCUGCAGACGUUGAUACAAUAUAUCAUUAUUUAAAUUUGGUGCAAAGAAGGUAUUUUUCAAGGGGAUUUUCUGUAAGAUGACCACACCUUCUAGGGUUCUGUGUUUGAGAUUAGUGCAGCAAGAGUUACAACAUCACAAACAAGUGCACAUCUGCAUGAGUAAAUCAGGUCUUUUAAUCACGCACCUUUUUGGCUCAUUCUAAUUCUAGUUGAAUUUUAAGCAGGUGCACGUGCAUACUCAGAGAUGCCCUCAAACACACUACUUUGUGGAAUGUUGAUAGUUUGCUAAUUGAACGUUCCCAGAGGUUAAACAAGUUUAUUUUCCAUUAACAUGAGCAGGGGAGAAAAAAAACAAUCACUUGUGACGUGAUUUUA